AUGGAAGUGGGAAACCGCACCAUCCUGACUGAAUUCAUCUUGCUGGGCCUCUCUGCAGACCCCCGGUGGCAGCUGAUUCUAUUUGCAAUAUUUCUGACGCUCUAUUUGCUAACCUUGUCAGGGAACAUGAGCCUGGUCAUCUUAAUCAGGAUAGAUUCCAAGCUACAUACACCUAUGUAUUUUUUCAUUGGCAGUCUGUCUCUUUGGGAUUUCUGGUACACCUUUGUAUAUACUCCUAAACUCUUGGCCAACUGUAUCUCAGAAGACAGGUGCAUUUCCUUGGCUGGAUGUGGGGCUCAGUUUUUCUUUUCCUGUUUUGCAGCCUAUACUGAGUGCUAUCUCCUCGCAGCCAUGGCGUAUGACCGCCAUGUAGCAAUUUGCAAUCCAUUGCUUUAUUCGGGUAUCAUGUCCUCUUCUCUCUGCAUGGGUCUUGUUGCUGGCUCUUACAUAGGAGGAGUUUUAAAUGCUGCAGCCCAUACUGCCAAUACUUUCCGGCUGAGUUUCUGUGGCAAAAAUAUCAUUGAUCACAUUUUCUGUGAUGUUCUACCAUUGAUAAAAAUUUCCUGUUCAGAUACUCGAGCAGCUGUGAUAAUCCUGUCCAGUAUGGUUGGCUUCACUGUCCUCUCCUGCCUUCUUGCCAUCCUCAUUUCAUAUUUCAACAUUCUCCUGGCCAUCCUGAGGAUCCGCUCAGCCUCAGGAAGAUUUAAAGCAUUUUCUACCUGUGGUUCCCACCUGGUCUCGGACAUGCCCUUCUACGGCUCCUUGCUCUUUGUUUAUUCAAGGCCUACUUCCAGCAACUCCCAGGAGACAGACAAAGUGGCUGCCCUGUUCUACACCAUCAUCAACCCAUUGCUCAAACCUCUCAUCUACAGCCUGAGGAAUAAAGAUGUCAAAGAGGCCUUCAAGAAAGCAAUAGUGUCCAUUCCAUCACAGGCAUGA